AUAGAAAAAAACAUGUGGCUGUCCAUUUCCUGUGAAAAGCUUUUGUCUGCUGAUGCUGAGAGUAAGAACUAGGAAGAGAAACUCAAUGUUCGCUGUUCAGUCAAGUCACCGGUAGUACAGAGGAGAUUUCUCAUUCUCUUCCAAGGUCUCUUUCUUUCUCUCGCUUCGAGUUUCAUUUUUUAACGGUUUGUUCCAUGAGCAUAUGAGGCCAUGAAGCGAGCAACGAAGGGGAAAGACCAGGAGAGUGUGGGCAGCUCUCUGCUUAGUCCACAGGAGAAUGAGAGGCUGGAGCAACUGCUGGGCAAGAGGUGUGUGUCUCUGUCCUCAGCGGUUGUGCAGUUGCUUAUGGCUCUUCCGAGUGAGCCGAACCGCUGGACACCACAGCAGUCUGGAGUCGUUUGUUUCGUCAAAGACAGUCCUCAGCGCUCCUUUUUCAUCCGUCUCUAUGACAUCAAGGCAGGGAAUCUGGUGUGGGAACAGGAAAUCUAUAAUCAACUGAUGUACCAAAGGACCAAGCCUUUUUUUCACACUUUCCCUGGAGAUGAGUGUCAAGUGGGGUUGAACUUUGCAGAUGUAGCAGAGGCCGACAGUUUCUUUGCUGUAGUGGAGGAGAAGAUCAGCCAGAGAAAUAAUCGUUUUGAUAAACAGCAGAAAAAAGGACAAGAACAUAGAGAUCAGCGAGCUUUGCCACCACUUCCUCCACCAAAUGACUCUGGUACUCCUACCUCUUCCUCCAUGCUUCCACUGGCACUAAGUAAUAGCCAGAACCAAUCUACCCCUUCCAAAUCAAAGAAAGACAAGAAAGAGAAAGACAAGAAAAGUAAGAAGAAAGGAUUUAAACUGCUUAAAGGGGCUAUUGGAGCACCAAGUGGAUUCACGCAUGUAAGUCACCUUGGCAUGGGUUCCAACAAUUUGGACCCGGAACUGAUGAAAGUUCUGUCCUGUGCUGGGAUCAGUGAAGCAGAUAUGAACGAUUCGGAAACCUCUCAGCUCAUCUAUGAGGUCAUUGAGCGUUCAGGUGGAAUAGAGGCUGUUAAAAAGGCUGUGAACCAGCAGGAGCCUACUCACCCUCCUGUUCCCAGUGGACAUCGGGGUUCUCUUCCCCAAAUGCCGUCUGGGUCCUCCUCAACGCCGCCGCCAGUACCUCAAGGUCGAAUGGGGCCUCUACCCCCUGUCCCCGGUCAGUCCUCUGGUCCACCUUCUCAUCGAGGUUCCCUUCCACCAACACCUCAAAGAGCGGCUGCAUCACCACAAACCCCUGAGGGCCGCAGCGGUCCUUUGCCGGCCCGUUCUUCAUCAUUAGGACCCCUGCCACCGGUGCCUGCCGGAGGGCGUACUGGGACGUUGCCUCAACCUCCAGGAUCCCGCAGUGGACCCUUACCACCUCCACCUGGAGGUCAGAGUGGAGGUCUGCCCACACCACCACUUCCAGGAGAACGUAGGGAGUCUUUAACACCCGCUCCAGGAAAGAGACCUGGACCACAAAUGACCGAAAGACGAGGUAGUUUUCUGCCGCCCCAACCUGCCGAGGCAGGCCCACGACCACUACCACCGGGUGUGAGAAGCUCAGCCUUACCCCCGCCUCCAAGAGACAAUAGUAAUUUUUUGCCACCACCACCGCAAUCUGAUACGCUAUUACCUCCUCCCCCGUCUGAUUUCUUCCCUCCUCCGCCUUGUGACUCGUUUCUUCCUCCUCCACCUGAAGACUUUAAUUCUCUGCCUCCACCUCAUUCUUUUGAAUCCAACUUUCCUCCACGAAGCAAUUCCUCUGGCUUCAACCCUCUGCCCCCUCCGAUGUCAGCCAAACCCAGUGCAGGCGGACCUCCCCCACCACCUCCUCCUCCUCCUCCAGCUCCCGCUGCUGCUCCUCCUCCAAUGAACUUUGGAAGCAACCCCUCAUCUCCAAGUGGUCCACCACCUCCAGCAUCCAGCAGUGGGGAAGUGGGUAGAGGGGCAUUACUUUCCCAGAUUCAAUCAGGGAUGAAGCUCAAGAAGGUGACCGCCAACCAAGAACCAGCUCCACCUGCCCUGGAUACAGGAGAGGGAAUAGUUGGAGCUCUCAUGAUGGUGAUGCAGAAGAGAAGUAAAGCCAUCCAUUCAUCUGAAGAGGAUGAUGAAUUUGAUGACGACGACGAGGACGAUGAAGAGUGGGAUUAAUCCUGGUGUAACUGAAAUACUUUAAAUAUAUGCACCUAGGCAGUUUUAGAUGUUUUGGAAGGGAGAUGUACUAAUGUUCUGGCCAACUCAGAAAAAUGUGGAUAAACGGCCGAUAUUAAAAUUCUAUUCCUAAAAAUAUUAAAUCAAUAACACUGAAAUCAUUUGUUUGAAAUGCUAAGGGGUAAUUUUAGGUGCCACAACAUUUUAUUAUACAGUAGGAAAAAUGGAUAUUCUUUUUGAGAUUUGCUAAAUAUUACAUUUAUAGAUUACAUUUAUUAUAGUAUUUUUUGUUUAUCUGAGCAUUCAGUGAUAUCACAGGUAAUUAAAAGGUCAUCUAAUUUAA